UUAAAAUAUAGAAGUUGCAUGCCUAAAGAGGAGAUGGCUAUGGGUUCAAUUGUUAAGUUGUACAAAUCAGUAGCUUUAGUACUAUUGCUUCUUUUGACAACCAAUAUUAGUGUCGUGAAAACGUCGAGUAAUUUGGCAAAUGGACCACGCCUUCCACAAGUAGAAGAACGUGCAAUCCAGGCUUUCCUUAAUCUUAUGGGGCGCGACAAGCUCUGUAAUAAUAUAUCAGGGCCAAAAUGCCAUAAUAGAUCUAUUAUCUGCAGCUGUAAUAUAAUAUCUUGUCAUGUUACGAAAUUAGAUUUAUCAGCGUGCAACUUAAUCGGGAGAAUACCGCCAGAAGUCGGAAAUCUUUCUCAUUUAACAAAAUUGGAUUUAAACGGAAACAAGCUUCAUGGACAAAUCCCUAUAUCAAUUAUCAACCUACAAUUGCUUAAUUAUAUAGAUCUUUCUUACAACUCCUUGAGUGGGAAAUUGCCACCUUUUCAGACAAAGUCUUUAAGAAUCAUGGAUUUAGGAGAAAACAAGCUUAAUGGAUUAGUCCCUAAAUCAUUUCUCAACCUAACAUCGCUUGAGGUCCUAUGGCUUUAUGACAACUCCUUGAAUGGGGACUUGUUGCCAUUUCAGAUGGAGAACUUACAGAGUCUGGAUCUAAGCGAUAAUUGCUUUAAUAGCCAAAUCCCUCGUGAAUUUGGUGCUCUCCAAAACUUAACGGAAUUAUACAUAUACAACAACUUACUAAAUGGAAGCAUUCCAGAAGAACUAGGGAACAUCUCCAAUCUUGAGAAUUUUGAGGUGGAUAAUAAUCAACUUUCAGGUCACAUCCCACAUCAGCUUGGGAAUCUUAUACAGCUGCAGAAUCUGGACCUACGCACCAAUUAUUUCGUUGGUGAAUUGCCUCCAAGCUUCGUGAAGUUGGUGAACUUAGAAACAUUUCGUGCUCAAGGGAAUAGCUUAUCUGGGAAAAUUCCAACAUUAAUAGCCAAUUGGAAAAGUCUCAAAACAUUGGAUCUGUUAGGAAAUAAUUUUGAAGGCCCCUGGCCAAAGGAAAUCUCAUCAUUGGAAAAUCUCGGUUCCCUAAAAUUCAGCAAUGUAAGAAGAGCAUAUGAUUUUCCCGAUCUAUCGCGUAUGACUUUGUUGCGAGAAUUGACAUUGAGGAAAUGUUCACUUCGUGGUCCCAUUCCAGGAUAUAUCUGGGAGCAUCAAUAUUUACAGAAUCUGGACUUGAGCUUCAACGAAUUAUCUGGAGGACUGCCAAAAUCCAUUAGCACAUCUUUAAUAUAUAUAUUCCUCAGGGGGAACAAGCUUAAUGGAUCGUUGCCAGAAUGGCUAACGAAGAGGAAGAACGCAAAGCCACGUAGAUACGUGGAUGUUUCUGAAAACUUGUUAACAAAUACCUCUUUAUCUCAUGAUCAGGACGUGAACACUUUUCCGGGCUGCUCAAGUAAUUUGCCGGGCACAGAAAAUAAAUGCGACAGUUAUUGCAACUUUAGAAAAUAUGAUCACUUGUUUAUCAACUGCGGUGGCGAGGCAGUUUCUGUAGGUGACAAGAAUUACUCUGCUGAUCUGAACCCCAAUGGAUCAUCAACGUUUUUUCACGAUGAAGGAGGAGGUUGGGGUUAUAGUAGCAUGGGUCUUAUCAAUUCUGAUAAGGGACCACUACGAUUUAUAAUCAGGGAUACAUGUAAUCUUUCCAUGGGUGAAGCAGUUCUGCUUGAAUCAGCCCGUGUUGCCCCUAUCUCUCUCAAGUACUAUGGAUUUUGUUUCUACAAUGGAACCUACACAGUGAAACUAUCUUUUUCUGAGAUAAGAUUAAGUAAAAACGGUGUCUUUCCCGUCAAACCUAGACGAGUUUUUGAUAUUGACAUCCAGGGGAAGAAUGUACGGAAGAACUACAAUAUAGAGGCAGAACAACCGGAUAAAAAUGGGGAUAAAUUUGUGGAAUAUACUACUUCUAUAAACUCCCAUCUUGAAAUUCACUUGUACUGGUCUGGUAAUGGCUCGGUCACCAACCCGGAGAACUAUGGUCCCCUCAUUUCAGCUAUUACUGUAACGAAAGUUCCCGAACUACCAAAGCCCCCUCAGAAACUGUCUCCUGCGCUUAAGGCUGGGAUAGCAGUAUCAUCGCUGUUUUUUCUUGCUCUACUUUUGCUUUUACUCUGGAAAUUGGGUUAUCUUGGUGGGAAAAGAUCGUCAAAGGAAGAAUUAAAAGUAACUGAAUUGUUCCCGGGAGGAGUUUACACCUUUCGUCAAAUAAAAGAUGCCACUCAGAACUUCAAUGCUGUGAACAAAUUGGGCGAAGGAGGUUUUGGACCUGUUUAUAAGGGCCUGCUCCCUGAUGGGACUACAAUUGCAGUUAAACAGCUAUCAGGAAAAUCAAAGCAAGGAAUACGUGAGUUUGUCAAUGAAAUUGGCACGAUUUCAGCUCUGCAACAUCCAAAUCUUGUGAAGUUAAUGGGAUGUUGUGCAGAAGACAACGAGCUCCUACUCAUUUACGAAUACAUGGAAAAUAAUUCUCUUGAACAUGCUUUAUUCGGUCCAGAGGAAAUUAAAUCGAGACUAAACUGGUCGACGAGGGUCAAAAUUAUCCUCGGAAUAGCCAAAGGAUUAACUUUUUUGCACGAAGAGUCCAAAUUGAAGAUUAUCCACAGGGACAUUAAGCCCACAAACAUACUCCUGGACAAGGAUUUGCAUGCAAAAAUAACUGAUUUUGGAUACGCGAAGCUUAAUGAAGGGGAACAUACUCAUAUCAUCACACGAAUUGCUGGAACAACGGGAUAUAUGGCACCAGAAUAUGCAAUGCGAGGCUACUUAACACCGAAAGCAGAUGUUUACAGCUUUGGGGUUGUUGCACUUGAAAUUGUGAGUGGAAGGAACAGUGCUAGUUACAGGCCAAGUGAUCAGACAGUUUACCUUCUUGAUUUGGCUUACGUGUUGCAUGAGCAGGGAAAUUUGAUGGAUCUAGUUGAUCCAAAUCUUGGAACAAAUUUUUCUUGGACAGAAGCAGCUUCCAUUCUGGAAUUAGCAAUGAUGUGCACUAAUCCAUCACCAACUCUCAGGCCAACCAUGUCUGAGGUAGUGAAAGUUAUUGAAGGAAAAACUAAAAUCAAGACCACAUCUUCAACAAUCCGGCAUUCGACAGACGAGAUUGCCUUGACUAAGGCCAUGGCUGCACUCUCUCAGUCUUCUCAAUCUGAAAGCUAUUCUACAGCGGGACCAUCAGAAGCUACUCCCCCUUUCUCUAACAGCAAUAAUAUUACCAAUGAUUUUUGAAUCCAACAUCUGCCACUUGUGAAUAUCUCCGCAACGAUUACUUUACUUAGAUAAUGAAAAUCAAGGAGGCAAUGAUGCUUCAGCAUGAGUUUUCUACUUUUUUGUGUGCUUGUUUUGAAUAAGGAAACUGUUGGACCGUCAUAUCAGUAUAAAUUUUCAUUGUAGUUAUUGUGUACUAUUAUCAGCAUAAAAAAUUUCAUCAAGAUUUUACCACAUGAUUGAUUUCUGCUA